AUGUCCUUGGAGUGUUUGAAGCAACCUUUUGCAUUUGAAGUGGAGGCUCUUGAUUGGUUUGAGGUUUUUUUUGCUUUUUGGGGCUGCUCCUCCAAGCAAGAGACAAGAGCAGUUUCUGCAGUUGCUCUGCAGGAUCAUAUAACACACAAUCAUCAGCUGCAGGACCUUGAACAUCUCAAGUCAAGGACAAGGAAUACCAAGAACUUUUACAAACCCUGAAUAAAAGAAAUAGUCAGAAUAAUAAUAGAUACUGGACCAACAAAAAAGAGCAAAAGCAAGGAAGAUGCAAAAAAUUAUAAUCUUCUUGACCCCAGUGCUCCACAGCUGACAUUAGAUCAGAAAUCAGUAGUUGAGCACCCUUCCUUGUCGUUUCCUGCUGAAGAAUGGGUAGAAAGAAAGAGAUGCACACAGCAUGGAAAAUCCAUACAGUGCUGUCCAAUAUUCAGGACGGAAUUUUCAAUUCAACCCAGGGUGCUGCAUUCAUGUUCCCAUGUAGUCCAUCAGUCAUGCCUGAAAACCUUUGAAAAAUUUACAGGUAAAAAUUGUCCUAUGUGUAGAAAAGAGCAGUAUCAGACCAGAGUAAUACAUGAUGGGGCACGCUUAGUUAAAUUGAAUUAAUUAGGUAAAAUUUAAGUUUCCUGGAGGGGAUAUACUGUUAGAAAAGAGUCUAAAGACUUAAGGGAAGCAGUGCCUCCUAAGGAUAGAAAAUUAAGAAAGCAACUAUUUGAUAAAAUCUUUUACUAUGGCUACAGCAGCAACCCUGCAAGCUACCUGCCCCGGGCUAGCUUUAGGGUGCCUGCCUUCAGCACCUGCCUGCCCACAUUUCAAAAGCCACUGGAAGAUCUUCAUCCAAUAGAGAGGCCUCAGCAGUAG